UCGGGCGGAGGUUCGCGGGUGUGCCGGUCGUGCACUAGAAAAGUGUGUAUAGUAGUGCCGUGGCCCUCCUUAUAUAGCGCCCGCUCGUGUAGUUAGCAUUCCGCGUAUCGCCCUCCCAUAAUUUAGGUCUUGUAUGAAAGUAGCGACACCUGUGCGGAUCAGGUGCAGUAGAGAUGCUCGGCACGUAGCGCGACCGGGGGAGGUAGUUUGGUUAGUUUACUAGUAGGGUGAGAGGUGCAAUGAUUUAUCGACUCUCUGUUUUUGUUCUUCGCCAAAAGCUAAGUUGUAAGAAACCUCACAGCGCGCAGUUCUGAAAAACAGAAAAGUUAAAGAAAAGAAGCUGUGGAAAAAGUUCCUUAUGAACUUGGGCAAAAAAACGUAGCUUAAGCAGCAGGAGUUUGUAUGCGCUGCACCCAGCCCCGCCGAGUUACAUAAUCGCCCCAGAGGGUUAAGGUGAAGGUUAGCUUGAUCCACUAGUCGUAAGAAACUGAUUCAAAUAGGUAGCUUAAUGGGCAUGCGCUCCUGCCCGGUUUGGCGUCCACACUGGCAUUUGGUAGUCGCGUGCCCGUGGUGCAUAGCGUUGCGUCGUUCCCUGCCCCGGUCUAGUGAGCCACAUGCGAAGAGGCCACCGCCAACC